AUGGUGGAUUUCCCGGAAGGGUUGCGACGGCUCGCUGCUCUCCUGCUCAAGUGCUGCGAUCUCGACAUACCAAAUCGUCCCAAGGGCCUCGAGGAUCCUGAGCGUCUGGCAAGGGAAACAGUUUUUAGCGUAAAUGAGAUUGAGGCAUUGUAUGAGCUGUUCAAGAAGAUCAGCAGUGCUGUGGUUGAUGAUGGUGUGAUUAAUAAGGAAGAAUUCCAACUGGCGCUGUUUAAGACUAACAGGAAAGAUAGCAUGUUUGCUGACCGGGUGUUUGAUUUGUUCGACACAAAGCACAAUGGGAUUCUAGAAUUUGAAGAAUUUGUGCGAGCUCUUUCUGUAUUCCAUCCUAAUGCACCAGUUGAUGACAAAAUUGAUUUUGCUUUCAAACUCUAUGAUCUCAAACAACAAGGUUUCAUUGAAAAGCAAGAGGUGAAGCAAAUGGUGGUUGCCACACUUGCUGAAUCAGGAAUGAACCUUUCUGAUGAGGUUAUAGAGGGUAUUAUCGACAAGACAUUUGAGGAAGCAGAUACAAAGCACGAUGGUAAAAUCGACAAGGAGGAAUGGCGCAAUCUUGUCUUGAGGCAUCCAUCUUUGUUGAAGAAUAUGACACUCCCAUAUCUAAGGGAUAUUACCACAACAUUUCCAAGCUUUGUCUUCAACUCUCAGGUCGAGGAUGCUUGA